GAAAAACAGAAAAAAACAGAAAAAAAGAAAAGCAAAAAAAUUUAAUACACGAACACUUGGAAACAGAAAAAAAAAAGAGAAGCAAAAAAAAUCAAUACAUGAAGGGAGAGAAAAUCUGCAUCGGAGGAGGAGCUGGAAAGCUGCGGCAGAGGAAGAUCUGAGAUGGGAGAGGAAAAUCGUCGAGCGGCAGAGGAAGAUCGGCGAUGGGAGAGGGAGAUCGUCGCACUGGAUCUUCGAUGGGAGAGGAAGCAGCGGCGUCCGGCGUAUGCAAAGCUGGAGAAUACGAGAAGGGCAGAGCAGGGAACGAAAAUUCAUUACCUCAGUUGUUCGCCAAAUUCGCGGUCACGAAAAAGGCACUGUUUGGAGUUGUGAACUUCACCUAUCUGGGCAGCUACAACACAUGCAAUCACCCAUUGAUAAGCCACUUUGCUUUUGCAGAUGACCUAGUGGUUUUCCUCAAUGGGGACACUAGGAACUUGAAAAAAUUUAGAAGGAUUUUAGAGGACUGUCAGAAAGGGUCUGGGCAGCAAGUGAACCUUAACAAGAGCAGCUUUUAUACUGGGAAGAAGACGUUUGUGAAGGGUCCCCCAGUGGGUAGUAAAGACGAUGAGGAUGGCCAGCACGCUUAACUCUCUUAAAAUUCCCCCAAAGUUGCUCCUUCUAAGGAUCGAACCCGGGUGGUGUGGUUCGCCAAUCAACCCUGUGACCAUCU